UGGAAAGAGCAAUAUUAUGGCCGAUGCCAGUUUUCCAUCAGGCCGGCAAAUCGUAGUUUUUCGUAUCGUAUAUAAAGAGAACGCUGCGUUUACACGAAGAAAGAGCUAUUUGUCGGGUAGCAUUUAUUGAGUUAAUAAGCCGUCAGUGACUCUGGGUAAAGGUUCGUAGCCAUAGUGGUGUUUGGUGGCCUUCUCAACGUUCCUAAGCGGAGCUCUUUAGCACUCCAAAUACUUUUAGCACGGAGUGAGCUCACGAUGGCAACGGCUGUCAUUACAGCAGUCUGUGUCUGGACAUCUUUUACAACGAACACAGCCCCUCCACCAAACGCAUUUGCCGCCGGUUUCUAUCAUAUGGGUGGUACUAGAGGAACAUCGCCCCUAUACGUAGUCAGGAUCAAUGGAACCGGUCAGGUUCCCGCUUUUGGGUGGCAAAGAACUAGACAUAGCGUCAUAGUGCAUGGAGUGCGAGGUUUUGACGAUAUACAUUAUGAGGAUAACGUUUUGGCGGAAAUCCUCACAUGCAAAGGACUCGACAAGGUAACAAUGCGCUGGGUUCAAUAUAAUUCCAUGGUCGACAUGGAGCGUUGUGUGCAGCUGGGAAGGAACAACAAUGGCGAGAAGAUUUAUUUGGCAAGAAUCCUCAUUGAAGAUCAUCCUCCAGCUAAAACUUAUCUUCCGGCCACUUUUGUCCCUUCAAGUGGACUAGCAAUUACUGAACAUUACGGUACAUAUGCAACCGACUGCUUUAUGGUGUUUUGCGGGAUUAUUUCGUAAAGUGAAAGCAUAUACUAACUGCCCUUAAAUGAGUACAGCUGAACCGCACUUGGUUUCUCUGAGCCAGUUUUUAUUUUAUUGAUACUGUAUAUGUAUAUUGAUAGAUAUACAAGAUUUUAUUGACGGCUGCCUUUUAACUAGACACGGUUCAUGUCAACACGGCAGUCACAGUCGUGUGGUCCAUUGGGGAACAAGCUAAUUCAAUAUCUUAAUAAAAUCGACUGUUAAUUUUCAACCAAUAUGCCUAUUUUCAUAUGUAUAUAUAGACAGUGAGAAAGCUAAACC